AUGGACGCGAGCGAUCCUAUGGACAUGGGAGACCCCAUGGACCUGGACGAGGAGGAUGACGAGGAGACGCUGCAGCUAAAACUCCAGCAAAUACAGGCACAGCUCAGGCUGAAGAAGUUGCGAAAGGACAAGGCUAGGUCCCAAAACGAUCCACAUUCGUCCUUCAGCCAACACUCGGAUCAGGACAAUACCAAGGCGUCAAGACCAGGCUCGGCUUCUACAGCGCGGCCGGGCUUAAGGAUAAAAGAGAUCAGAAGGACAGAUGUAGGAGCGCGGCCGUCUUCACAAAGCUCUGCUGUUGAAGUACCAGCUUCGCCCGUGAGGAAGGCUCAACCACAGCCCGAGCAAACUUCUCCAAGCCGAAUAUUGCUCGGCAUAGACAAAGGGCUGAAAGGGAAGGAUAUAUCACUGAAAAGGGCACCGAGUCUACGAAAGUCUCAGGACGACCCAGGAGGGUCGCAAAGCGGAGCAGGAUAUCUGCACAGGUCCAGGACUCCAGGUGUGGCGGAUGACAAACCGCGGCCAUUGAGCUUCAGUGAGAGACUGGCUGCUGCUCGGACGGAGGAGAAGACGCGUGAAGAAACGAGGUCAAAGGCAUCUAGGUCGCGAAGCUCAGCCUUCAACGUGACCAUGCAGGAGAUGGAGGAUUACAAAAGUGCUGCCGUGGAUCUGCCAAACGAGCCGUCACCGCGUGAUCGAGGAUCUGCCCGAGAGGAAACCACAGGAACUACGCCAUCCGAAAGACCGAGGCCUGGCCAUCUACACCGCAGCAACACCGCCCCUAGCAUACGGUCAGCGUCGCGUGUAGGACAUGGCAACACGGACUCUGGCUCGUUCACAACGCAAGUCGCAAGCUCAUUCUCCUCAAUAACAUCCGAGACCCCGAAAUCACCCUCGGUCUCUUUCGACGUCUAUUCUGGUUUCCAUCUGACCAAGCGCAUCCUCCCACAUCAAGUCGUGGCGCGUGCAGUCUCAGGUAAAACGACAUACUCCAUCAAGGACCUGCUCAGGCAGGUCAAAGCCCCGGACUUUUCCCUCCCCGACGACGUGGUCGACAGCGUCAUGUUCGGCAUUGUGGCAUCCAAGUCAGAUCCUCGUCAUCACAAACCUCAAUACGACGCCGAGACAGGGAAGAUGAAGCAGUCAGAAAGAGGGAAGUACAUGGUCAUCACCCUCGUCGACCUACAGUACGAGAUCGAGCUCUUCCUCUUCAACACCGGCUUCGAGCGCUUCUGGAAGUUGUCCACGGGGACUGUCGUCGCCAUUCUCAACCCAGACAUCAUGCCACCGCCACCAGGGCGUACGGACACUGGUCGUUUUAGUCUGGCGAUAAACUCGGACGCCGACACGAUCCUCGAGAUCGGCGCGGCGCGGGACCUGGGCUACUGCAAAUCCGUCAAGGCCGAUGGAAAGCUCUGCAACAGCUGGGUGAAUGCCCGGCGCACCGAGCACUGCGAUUACCACACCAACACGGCCCUGUCGCGGACCCGUUCAGGCCGGCAGGAAGUCAACGGCAGCGCGGGUCUCGGCAACGGCUACGUAAAACCCAACCACCGCCACUGGAAGGACAGCGCCGAGGCCAAGAGGCGGUCAAAGGUCGAAGAGGAGCAUGGCAAGUUCGAUUGGGAGACACGGAGCCGUUAUUUCAUGAACGGAGGCAGCCGCGGCCAGAGCGCGUCGUCGUUGAUUGACCAAGAAGGGCGUGUCUCCGACACUCGGGAAAGGGCAGAGGGGCUGAAGAGGAAACUAGCCGCACUGGAGAAGGAGAGGGAUAUCGCCAAGAAGCUGGGCGAGAUGGGCAGCGGCAGCAUGGGCGGGGAAUACAUGCGAAUCUCGGGUGCGCAACCAGCCCCAGAGACCUCAAGAGCGGGCUCCCGCGCUACCUCGAGGCUCAAUGGGACAAGAGGCCCGCGCACAGUGCCAUCCUCAUCAACGUUCAAGCCCGAGGUCAGGCUCCCGGGCAUCUCCCUCCACACAGACGACCCACCGCCCAAGACCGACGCCCGCUUCCUAGGCCUGCUCGCCCCAAGAGGAACGGGUUCUAAGAUCUCCCUCAGCCCCAUCAAGCGCAAGCGCCAGGACAGCACGCUGUCAUCCAACAGCUCCUCAUUCGACUCCAAGCCGCCAGGCGCCUCGUCCUUCACGACCAACGCCACCAGCCGGCUGUCAGCCGCCACGGGAGGCCGUCCUCCAGGCGGGUUCGGCUGGGGCACGACACUGCGGGACAAGCUGUCGCGCAUGAAGACGGGCGAGAGGCUGUCCCUGCACACAAGCCACAACAGCAUCAGCACGACGGCCAGCAGCAGCAGCAGCGGCGCCGGCGCGACAGGCGGCAGCGCGUUCCGCGACAAGGACAGGUCGCCCGUGCGCAAGAAGACGCGCUUCGUCACGGAGAAGGGCAUCCGCGAGGCCGGGCGGGAGAGCCUCCCCGGCUCGGUCGUCGCCGACAAGGGCGGCGUGGGGGCGGGCACCGCCGGGGCCAGGGGCUGGGGCGGGCAGCUGGCCUCGAGGCAGCGGCGGCAGCAGCAGGAGGUUGUGCUCGAGGGUGACAAUGAUGAUGAUGACGACGAGCUUGUUGUUGUACGAUAG